AUGGCCUCAGGUGUCGGAGAGUGUCUGGGAAAGACGGUACACCACCGAGUGGACCAUCUCCUGAGUGCGGUGGAAAAUGAACUACAAGCCGGGAGUGAGAAAGGAGAUCCAACGGAAAGGGAUUUAAAAGUUCACCUUGACGACUCUGAGCUGUGGCUGAAAUUCAAAGAGCUUACAAAUGAAAUGAUAGUGACCAAAACUGGAAGGCGGAUGUUCCCUGUACUGAAAGCGAACGUGUCUGGUUUGGACCCAAACGCUAUGUAUUCCUUCUUGCUGGAUUUCGUGGCUGCGGACAAUCACCGAUGGAAAUACGUGAAUGGGGAGUGGGUCCCCGGGGGUAAACCAGAGCCCCUGGCGCCCAGCUGCGUCUACAUCCAUCCAGACUCACCAAAUUUCGGGGCGCACUGGAUGAAAGCGCCCGUCUCCUUCAGUAAAGUGAAGCUUACCAACAAACUUAAUGGUGGUGGCCAGAUAAUGUUGAACUCUUUGCAUAAAUACGAGCCACGUGUCCACAUUGUACGGGUUGGCGCACCGCAGAGAAUGAUCACGAGUCACCCUUUCCCCGAGACGCAGUUCAUCGCAGUGACGGCGUACCAGAACGAAGAGGUCACUGCUCUGAAAAUCAAAUAUAAUCCUUUCGCCAAGGCUUUUCUGGAUGCCAAAGAAAGCAAUGCUCACCCCCAGUAUGGAGGCCCCCUGUCCCUGUCUGCACCCCACGGCUGUGACCGCUACUCUUCCUUGAGGAACCAUCGCUCCGCACCCUACCCCAGUCCCUACACCCACCGCACAACCUCCCCUACCGGCUACACAGAGAACUCUUCAGGAUGCCUGUCUGUGCUGCCGGCGGAUAACUGGUCCAGCUUACCCAUGUCUCCCCACUCUGGCAUGCUCCCCCUCAGCCACAGCACCAGUCCCACUAACACCAGCCAGUACCCCAGCCUGUGGUCCAUGAGCAACUCUCUGGCUCCGGUCUCGCAGUCUGGCGGGAUGUCCAGUGGCCUGGGCUCUCCGUUCCUGCGUGGAUCGACGGGCCACUACCCUGGCCUCUCGCAUCCCCUAGCAACGGCCCAUUCCGGCUCGCCUCUGUACGACAGCGCUGGCUCAGACCUGCAUCACGACUCCUCGCAGUUCGACACGUCACCCCACCUGCGUCUCUCCGCCGCUUGGACACCUGUCACACCCCCUUCUUUAUGA